AUGGCGUCGGAAAAUAGACGAUGGAACAGACUUGCAGAUCGCAUGGCCUACUUUCAUACAGCUCUUGCAACCAAAUUCGAUAACAUUUACGCACUUUCGGAUGGCUCGUUCGCAAAAGUCAUGUCACUACCGGUGUACUUGCGGAUGGUCAUGGAGUUUCAUGAUCAUCUUGAUGCGCAUCACAGUAUUGAAGAAGCCUAUGUAUUCCCCGUGCUAGCGCAAAAAAUGCCCAACUUUGCUGACAACGAACGACAUAAAAACUCUCACAAAGUAAUCCACUCGGGUCUAGAUAAGCUAAAGGACUUGGUAGCGGGAUGGAAAGCCGAGCCAACAACGUUCUCGCCAGGCACCUUGCGUUCAUGUCUAGACGAGUUCAAAACGCCAUUGUUCAAACACUUGUCAGAAGAAGUUCGUGACUUGUCGGUCGGUAACUCGGCCUCCAUAGCUCCAGUCAUUUCUUCCUUUGGGAACAGGUUCCUGCUUUGGGCCACCUCGCUCACCCGUUUUGGGAUUAACUUCGCCGAUAAACCCAGGAGCAAUAGGACGCCUGGCAUCCGGAUGCAACUCUUCGCCUUGGUUUACUGUGGCAGAGGCAGCGGGUGCUUGAGCAUUUCGCACGAGCUCUUCGAAUUCACGUUGUUCCUCUUUGGGAAGGGGGAGGCCCCGGUCUGGAAUAAGGCGAUUGAGACGAGAAUAGAGAACUGGAACAGGCACAAUAUCCAUAUUUGCCCCGCCUCACUGCGCUUCUCUUUGACCGACAAUGUGCUUCCCCUUUUGACCACAAAGCGCGUUUUCCUCCGCGGAGUCAUCGAAGAGCUGCUCUGGUUUGUUCGUGGAGACACCAAUGCCGGUACACUUGCCGAAAAGGAUGUCCACAUUUGGGACGGAAAUGGAUCCCGCGCCUUUCUUGACUCCCGAGGUUUGUCCCAUAGAAAAGAAGGCGACCUUGGUCCCGUAUACGGCUUUCAAUGGCGCCACUUUGGGGCACAGUACAUAGAUGCGUGGGCGGACUACAAAGGCAAGGGCGUAGACCAACUUGCCGAGGUAAUCCGAAAAAUUAAGGACGACCCUACGGAUCGCCGUAUCAUAAUGAGCGCAUGGAACCCAGCGGGUAGAUCUAUCACUUAUGGCACUCCCACCCUGCCACAUGUUCUGCCAGUUCUACGUCAUCUGGCGGAUCCAGCCUCCCCGAACGCCAAGAAUGGGCUUUCGUGCAUAAUGUAUCAACGCUCCGCCGACCUGGGACUGGGCAUACCCUUCAACAUUGCGUCAUAUGCACUCCUUACCCACAUGAUCGCCCGCGUCACAAACACAGAGCCUCGAGAACUCAUCAUGCAGCUGGGUGAUGCGCACGUUUACCGCGAUCACGUCGACGCCCUGAAAAUUCAGCUCGAGCGUGAGCCGCGACCGUUCCGACGCUCAGAUGGGCCGAUAGGGACGUCCCCACAUUGA